AUGCAGGCACUGCGGGAGAAUCGAAAGGCCGUCUUGUGGUCCGUCCUGAUCUCGCUGUCGAUUAUUAUGGAAGGUUACGAUACCAUUCUCAUGGGCAAUUUCUUUGCCUACCCCGAGUUCGCCAAGAAGUUUGGACACUACUAUGGAGAAGAGGACGGUUGGCAGGUCUCGGCUCCGUGGCAGACGGGGUUGAACAUGGCCAGCACCGUCGGCGGCAUCUUUGGAGGUCUCUUGAACGGAUACUUUGCGUCCAAGUUCGGCUACCGCUGGUCUAUGAUCGGAGCCAUGGGGUUCCUGAACGCAUUCAUCUUUGUCGUCUUCUUCGCGCCCAACGCUGCCACUUUGGUGGGCGGCCAGAUCUUGUGCGGAUUGUGCUGGGGCGUCUUUGCCACUCUCAGUCCCGCAUAUGCCUCCGAGGUGUGUCCGACCAACCUGCGCGGCUACCUGACCACGUACGUGAACCUGUGCUGGGCCAUCGGCCAGCUCCUGGCCAGCGGCGUCCUCCGAGGCUGCCUGCCCAUCGUCGGCGAGAUGGCGUACAAGAUCCCCUUUGCGCUCCAGUGGGCGUGGCCGCUGCCCAUCAUGGUGAUUGCCUACUUCGCCCCCGAGAGCCCCUGGUACCUCGUCCGGACGGACCGGCUCGACGAGGCCAGGAAGUCGAUCGAGCGGCUCAGCGGCGACAAGACGGACGACCAGAUCGGCGCGCAGCUGGCCAUGAUGGUGCACACGACCAAGCUCGAGUCCGAGGUGACCAAGGGGGCCACCUAUCUCGACUGCUUCCGCGGCGUCGACCUCCGCCGCACCGAGAUCUGCAUGCUCACCUUCAUGGGCCAGAUCCUCUCGGGAAGCAGUUUCGCCUACACGCCGACCUACUUCUUCACCACCGCCGGCAUGGAGACGUACAACGCUUUUAAUCUCGGCCUCGGUGCCAAGGGGAUGGGGUUUCUGGGUACCGUCCUCUCCUGGUGGCUCAUCACCUACUUUGGCCGCCGGACGCUCUACGUGACCGGCAUGGGGAUCCUCUCGACCGUGCUGUUCGUCAUCGGCAUCCUCGACGUCUCGGCCGGGCGCCGGGGCCUGUGGCCGUCGGGCGGGCUGUGCAUCUUCUGGCUCUUCACCUACUCGCUCACCGUCGGCCCGCUGGCGUACAGCAUCAUCUCGGAGACGUCGAGCGUGCGGCUGCGGCCGCUCACCGUCGUGCUCGCGCGCACCGCCUACCAGGUCGCCAACAUCGUCUCUCAGGUGCUCUACAGCUACAUGCAGAACUCGACCGCCUGGGACCUCCGCGGCAAGUCGGGCUUCUUCUGGGGCGGCACCGCCUUCCUCACCUUCGUCUGGGCCUUCUUCCGCCUGCCCGAGAUCAAGGGCCGCACCUACGAGGAGCUCGACAUCCUCUUCGCCAACCGCACCCCGGCCCGCAAGUUCGCCACCUCCCACGUCGACGCCUACGCGCUGUCUGUCCCGCCCGCCGCUGAGAAACAUGCCCACGCCGAAAAGUGA